UUUCAAAACGAAAGUGAUUACUGCUACUGAUCAUUAAGCACAAUCGAGCAGCAGCUAGCGAUCGAGUUAAGCCAUGGAGGCGGCGGAUGCUGCCGACUCCGUGCUGCACGGCGACCUGCUGGAGUGCGUGCUGCUGCGCCUGCCGCACGACGAUCUCACCGCGUCGCCCGCGCUCGUGUCGUGGGAGUGGCGCCGCGCCGCGCGCGCCGCGCACCAGCAGCACCGCCGGCGCCGCCGCCACCUCCCCUGCCUCGUGGCGCACGUCCAUGGCGUCGGCGUCGGUCGCUCCACGCACGUAUACGACCCGCGCGCCCGGGCGUGGGCCUCCGGCGGGUGGCGCGUCGUGGGGGGUGUCCCCGUCCGGCGGUGCGCCUGCGCGGGCGGUGACCGCGUCUACGCGCUCUCCCUCGCGUCCAUGGCCGUGUCCGAGGACGCCCUCGGCGCCGCCUGGCGCGAGCUCCCGCCGCCGCGGGUGUGGCGCGUGGACCCGGUGGUGGCCGCGGUGGGUCCUCACGUGGUGGUGCUCGGCGGCGGGUGCGGCGCGACGGCGGCCGCGGGCGUGGUGGAGGUUCUUGACGAGGCCGUAGGGUGGACGAUGUGCCCGCCGAUGCCGGCGCCGUUAGCGUCGAGGUGGGUGUCGGUCGCCGCCUCGGAGCGGCGGGUCUACGCGGUGGAGAGGCGAACGGGAUGGGCGAGCUGGUUCGACCCCGCGGCGAGGCGGUGGGGGCCAGCGCGCCAGCUCCAGCUACCCGGAAACAACACCACCACCACCUCCGUCGCGUCAUGGGCGGCCUGCGGCGUAACGGCGAGCGGCGGCGGCGACGCCGACGAGCGCCUCCUCGUGCUGGCAGGAGGCGACGGCGGCAUCGUUUCGCUUUGGUUCAUGGACGGGGACACGCUGCUGCCGGACGGUGAGACCAACGCAUCGAUGCUGCCGCCGGAGAUGUCAGAGAAGCUCGCGCUGCACACCACGGGCGGCGGCAACAUUGCGGUGGCCGCGGCCGGCGCGGCGAGCGGGUACGUGUACAACGCGUCGGAGCCGGGCAAGGGAGCCGCGAGGUACGAGCUCGUGGCAGCUGGGGUUGGUGGAGGCGGCCAUGACAGAGACAGCAGCAGCAGCAGCAAGAACGGUUGCCAUGGGAAGACGUCGACGUGGGGGAGACGCGGUAGUAGCAGUAGGUGGGAGUGGUUGCCGUGUCCACCGGCAGCUGCUGCAGCCAUGACGUCGUCCGCCGUCGUCGUCUUUGCCUGUUCCGGAUCAUCAUCGGACUCGGCUCCAAACAAAUGAUUGUACUGUGCAUGUACUCAAUCUAGAGAUGGUGAUGGCAAAUUACUACGAGAUCGUCCGCGUUAAUUUCUAUGUAUCUGGCCGGUCAAAGAAGACGUUUCAAGGGGUGGAGCCAACCAAAUUUGACCGGCUUCAAUUCUUCUAGCAAGAUGUUGCGGGUUGGACAACUAACCAGGGGACGGUCCGUGUUAAUUGCUACGUAGGAGUAGUAUAUAUGAUGUUCUGAUUUUUCCAAGGUUAAAAAUCCUUUAAGUUUGACCAAUAUUCACUACACUAAAUUAGUUCCAUUAAAUGGAACAUUGAGUAUGUUUCGAUACUAUGUUUGUUAUGUAUCAAAAGUAGGCAAAAUUUACUACAGGGUAUCGAAAAAAUUUGUAAUUAGUGGUGAACACCGUAAGAUCAUGAAUUUGCUGCAGGGUACCGCAAAAAUGUUGUAA